AUGCAAUCAAUUCGAAUUGUAUUGUUUGGCUUUUUUCAGCUGCUGGGAAAAAACGAGACCCGCCAACUGCAUCCGCUGCUAAACACCGAUGAUAUAGAAGGCAGUGUGUGGGUGCCUGAGGAUGCUGUGGCCAAACCACAAGAGAUAUGCAAGGCGCUUGUCAAACUGUCCAAACAAGGAGGUGCUCGAUUUUUCGAGAACUGCACUGUUGAAAGAGUGCUGACUGAGAAUGACAGAGUGUACGCAAUCAAGACUAAUCGUGGAGUUGUCAGAUGUGAAUACUUUGUCAACUGUGCUGGCAUGUGGGCUCGCGAACUGGGCGAACGGUGCGAGCCGAAAGUGCGAGUGCCCGCCUACCCGGCGCAACACUUUUACGUGUCCACCGAACCGCUGGCCGAGGUGGUGGGGGGUGGAGCUGGGGCAGGAGGGGAGCAUGACCACAUGUUGCCCUGUGUGAGAGACUACGAUGCGGCCAUCUACGCCAGGCAGCUGGGAGGGGGAAUCAUGGUGGGGGGAUUUGAGCUGGAGGCCAAACCGGCGUUCGCCAGUGAGAAGAUACCGCAAGACUGGAAGAGUCAGUUGCCGCAAGACUGGAAGCAUUUCGGACCAUACUGGGAAAAAGCCAUGAACCGAAUACCAGCCCUGAGAGGCUGCACCAAUCCAGUCCUCACAAAUUCCCCUGAUAAUUUCACUCCAAAUGGAAAGUGGAUCCUGGGCGAAACACCUGAAGUGGGCAACUACUUUGUGGCGGUGGGCAUGAACGGGAACUCGCUGCAGGGUGCGGGGGGCAUCGGGAAGGCAGUGGCCGACUGGGUGGUGCAGGGGGAGCCCACUCAGGAGCUGCUGCCCUUCGACGUGCAGCGCUUCCUAGAUCUGCACAACAACCGCAACUAUCUGCAGCAAAGGGUCACUGAGGUCGUUGGCCG